AUGUCUCUCUUGCGUGCCAGCCUUCCUGGUUCCAGUGACUUCGCUCCCCUCUUUCGUCUCCUUGACGACUAUGAUGUCCACCGCUCCGGUCGUAGCCAGCCUGCAGCUCGCUCGUUCUCCCCUCGCUUUGACGUCCGCGAAAGCGAUGACUCUUACCACCUCGACGGCGAACUACCUGGUCUCUCUCAAAAGGAUAUCGACAUCGAGUUCUCCGACCCCCAGACCCUGAAUGUGAAGGGUCGCGCGGAACGCGAGUACCACACCUCUGUGCCCGAGACUGAAGCGCAGGGCGAUGAGGUUGAGCAGAAGUCUGAACAAAAGUCUGAGCAAAAGUCUGAGCCCACUUACCGCUACUGGGCCAGCGAGCGAUCGGUUGGAGAAUUCCAACGUACCUUCUCCUUCCCCGUUAGUGUCGAUCAGGACAAGGUCAAGGCCAGCCUCACCAAUGGCAUUCUGUCUAUUAUUGUGCCCAAGGCCACUACCUCGACCACCAAGAAGAUUACCAUUGAGUGA